AUGCUUGACGCCGCUUUACCACUCACGCCAAUGCCGGCGGGAAGGAAACGAUCGCAUAUUCUCGCUGCCGAGAUGGACUCAACCCCAGCCCCAGUCGACCGUGUCACAGCGUCCCAGAAUCCUCGCCAACAGUCCUCGCCGGAGGGGUCUGCGCCGUUAGCAUCAGCACAUGCCAGUUCCUCUGCAUUCCGUAAUGUUUCCGCCUGUCAUCGAUGUCGAAUACGCAAGAACCGCUGCGAUCAACGUCUUCCUCGCUGUCAGUCAUGCGAGAAGGCUGGGGUGCCUUGUGUGGGUUAUGAUCCGAUUACGAAGCGUGAGAUCCCGCGGAGCUAUGUGUACUUUCUCGAGGCGCGCGUGGCGUAUUUGGAGGGGGUGCUGAGAGAGCGAAGUAUAGAGUUUAUGGAUGCGGUGGCUUUUGGGGAGGAGGUGGCUGUUCAUGCAGAGGAAGGGGAAUCUGGUCUGGCACAUGGUGGGGGUAUUUUGCAUGGGGGAGAGGUCUUGCCGGAGGAAAAGGGCCGAUUGAUGUUGAAGCAGAAAGAAAACCGGGAAGACGGGAAUGCAGAUGUUGACAGAAGUCGGGACGACGACAAAGAUGAUAAUUGGAAGAUACACAACCUAGUAUCUAACAUCGGGAUGGUCUCAGUGCAGGGAACAUCUGAUCCGCGAUAUCUUGGCUCUACGUCUGGUAUCUCCUUUGCUAGGGUGGUUUUCGCUGCGGUUAAAUCCUCCGUCUCGGGGCAUGCCUCAGAGCGUGGCCCUAUGCGCCCAAGUGAGCGCCUUCCUCAUAGUGCCACAGGCACGGGCACGAGCACCAUGCGAGACUCUUUCUUUGGACUGCAGACAAGAUCGAUGAUGAAGUGUGCGACAUUUCCGCAGCGCGAUUUGGCAGAGAAGCUAGUCGAUCUAUAUUUUGAGCAUGCGAAUCCGCAAAUGCCUAUCCUCCAUAGGGCUGAUUUUAUGGAACUUCUGGACCACACGUACGCGGUCGAUGAAAAAAGUCGUUCCCCCCGAAGUUUAUAUACUCUUAAUAUCGUGUUUGGCAUCGGCGCGGGAAUAAUAUUCGAAGAUAAGAGUGCCCCGGAAGAUGAUGAGCAAGGAAGUGGCAGACCACGGGCAUCUUCUACACCAAAGAGACAAAAACUUGCAGACCAUCAAUGUCAACCGGAAGAGUAUCAUGCGUCGGCAGUUGUGCAUCUGGAAUCUUUCCUGGACAGUUCCGCGACAAACGACGGUUUUGGUGGGUUGGAAGAAUUACAGGCUGUGCUUCUCUUGGCUAGUUUUGCUCUACUUCGCCCUGUCGCUCCGGGUCUUUGGUACAUUGUCGGAGUGGCGAUGAGACUAGCUGUUGAUCUAGGUCUACAUUAUGAAGAUGGUACUGGAGUUGACUAUGUCGGACAAGAAGGUGUUGACUGCCCUCCAGUCAAAGGUGAGAACGGAGCCAAGUUGCGCAUCAAUACUCACGAGCGUGGACGUCGCGAAUGGGUACGCGAUAUGCGCCGUCGGCUUUGGUGGUGCGUGUACAGUUUCGACCGACUCGUUGGCUGCUGUGUUGGCCGUCCGUUUGGGAUCAGCGACCAGGCUAUCAGCACUGAGUUCCCGUCUUUGUUGGAGGACAAAUACAUUACCAAGUCAGGGAUUGUGAUGCCUGCCGAUGGAGCACCAAGCUACAAACAUGCGGCACAGCAUUACUUCAAGCUGCGCGUCCUACAAUCGGAAAUCCAAGACGUUCUCCAGUACCAACAAGCACGCUUUGCCCGACAACGACUCCCGCACUCUGCCAACGUCUUCACCCGCUCUGAUCUACCAUCCCCGUUCCUCCAGGGCUUCGACUCCCUCCGCUCAUGGCGAAAGGAUAUGAAUCACCGACUUGUCGAGUGGAAGGAGACUGCUCCCAAACACCAGGAGACGGGAGUGAGGUUCCCCGUCGAGUUCCUGGAGUUGAACUACUGGCAAGCCGUUAUCAUGUUAUAUCAGCAGUGUUUGACGGCUCCCGCUGAACUAGCUGGGGAGCUCGCGCCAGCAGAGGAUGUUUCGAGUCCGUCUUUUUCGAACAUUGACGAUGCGGAGGAUGAAGAUGAGAUAUAUUACAAAGUUGCCGAAGCUGGGCAGAAGGUAAUCAGGAUCUACCGGUCGAUGCACCGGUUGAGGCUUGUGAACUAUACGUAUUUGGCUACACAUCACAUUUUUAUGGCUGGGAUAUCAUUCUUGUAUGCGAUCUGGCACUCACCGUGGGUUCGAAGUCGCUUGACCCUCGAUGAGGUAGAUUUUACUGUCCUUGCAGCUACAUCGGUUUUAGGCGACCUGAUGCACAAGUGUCCGCCUGCAGAAGCAUGUCGCGAUGCAUUCGAACGAAUGAGCAAAGCCACGGUGCAAAUGUCUCUAUCAACUACCGGAUUUGGACCCCAGGUCGACCUAUCCCGGCACUCUCGAGCCAACGCACAACAGCCCGUUGGUGGUUUGUAUCGUGGACCACGGUAUUCGCGACGGUAUAACCCCAUGAAUCAGCGACAGAGAAUGUCAGGAUCACGAAGGCAGACACAAUCGCAAUUGCAGGCGCCGGCGCGCCAACGGCCAAUACCUCGGUUCGAUAUGAACCUAGAAGACUUGUUUGGCGGUGAUAUCAGCACCGUUGCUCAGGAGCGGUCUGAUCGUAACACAAGGAACUUGAUGCAGCCUCAUUCGACUCGAGCGCGAGGAUAUUCUGAAUUGUCACCAACGGUUGUGGUGCCAGAGCAGACGUCGCGAGUACCAGCGCCUCAUCAACGAGUGGCGUCUAUGGAAUAUACUGAUAAUUACGAGGAUCAUCCUUUUUCGCCUCAGCAGCCGCCGCCGCAGCAGCAGUAUUACACCAAUUCGUUACAACAAGGCACGUCUCCUGACCGCGUGACUACGAAUAACUCCAAUCAGCAGCCACUUCUCACCCCAGACCAGGAAGCAGGAAUGAGCAUGGAUCUCCUGGAUUUCGAUCCCCAGAGUCAGUUGACCUUGGGGCUUGACGGUAACCCAGAUUAUGAUGCGAUCAUGGCGUCCCUGGGGCCUGGUGUUGGACAUAGUGUAGGGAUUGAUUUGGGUUUCGGAAUGGCGGUUGACUUUCAGCAUGAUUGGAGUGAAAAUGCGAAUUAUGAUAUGCUGGAAGGGUUCUUUUUUGGGGGUUCUGGAUCCGGCGGUGCUGGGGCAGGGCCUACCACAGGGACAGAUGGAUAG